UGGCGGGAGGCGCAUGCGCAGUGGAGCUUCCCUUGUGCCCGGGCUUUGAUUGCUUUGCAGAGUAGCCUGGCUUGGCUUCCUUUGCAGACUCUUCUUUUGCAGCCGCCUGAGGACAGGGCUGGGUUUUGCAAAGCAGAGGGAAGCAAAGGCGACACAGUUUCCCCCCUUCUCUCUCUUGCAAGGAGCAUUAUUAUUAUUUUUUUAAUUUGUGUUUUGCAAACAUUUUGCAACAAUAAUAAUAAUAUUUACUUUUGCAAAAAAAGGAAGCUUGCUUUUUUGUUGCUUUCUUAAAAGGAUCAAAGCAAAUCAGAAAAGUCUUUUGUUUCAAUUUUAUUAUAUAUUUUUUUGCAAUUGCCAGAAGGUAUAGAAAAGCAAAGAAAAGGUGGUUUUAAUCCUAAUUUUGAAUUAUUUUUAUUUAUUUUUUAAUUUUUGGAGACACACAAAAAAAAGAGGGCUUUGUUGAGUGGGAGGUGCAAAGAGGCUGAAAGAUGUCUUAUCAAGGCAAGAAAAAUAUUCCACGCAUCACGAGCGAUCGCCUUUUGAUCAAGGGUGGCAAAAUAGUUAACGAUGACCAGUCGUUCUAUGCAGACAUUUACAUGGAAGAUGGGUUAAUAAAACAAAUAGGAGAGAAUCUGAUUGUGCCGGGGGGAGUGAAGACGAUCGAAGCCCACGGACGGAUGGUCAUCCCCGGAGGAAUCGAUGUCCACACUCGCUUCCAGAUGCCGGACCAAGGGAUGACCUCUGUCGACGACUUCUUCCAAGGAACGAAAGCGGCUCUGGCUGGAGGCACCACCAUGAUCAUUGACCAUGUCAUUCCUGAGCCGGGCACCAGUUUGCUUUCGGCAUUUGACCAGUGGCGAGAAUGGGCGGACAGCAAAUCCUGCUGCGACUACUCUUUGCAUUUGGACAUCACCGAAUGGCACAAAGGAGUUCAGGAGGAGAUGGAAGCUUUGGUCAAGGAUCAUGGUGUGAAUUCUUUCUUGGUAUACAUGGCCUUCAAGGAUCGCUUUCAGCUAACAGAUUCCCAGAUCUAUGAGGUCUUGAGCGUGAUCCGUGACAUUGGUGCCAUUGCUCAAGUCCAUGCCGAGAAUGGUGACAUCAUUGCUGAGGAGCAGCAAAGGAUCUUGGAAUUGGGAAUCACUGGCCCCGAAGGACAUGUUCUGAGUCGGCCUGAAGAAGUUGAAGCUGAAGCUGUGAACCGAGCGAUCACCAUUGCCAACCAAACCAAUUGCCCCUUGUAUGUUACCAAGGUGAUGAGCAAAAGCGCAGCGGAAGUGAUUGCCCAGGCCAGGAAAAAGGGCACUGUGGUUUAUGGAGAGCCCAUCACGGCAAGCUUGGGAACCGAUGGAUCUCACUACUGGAGUAAAAACUGGGCCAAAGCCGCUGCUUUCGUCACCUCUCCACCACUGAGCCCUGACCCAACCACUCCGGACUUCCUCAACUCCCUUCUCUCUUGUGGAGAUCUCCAGGUUACUGGCAGUGGCCAUUGCACCUUCAACACUGCCCAGAAAGCUGUUGGGAAAGACAACUUUACUAUGAUCCCUGAAGGAACCAAUGGAACCGAGGAAAGGAUGUCCAUCAUCUGGGAUAAAGCUGUGGUUACUGGGAAGAUGGAUGAAAACCAGUUUGUGGCUGUCACCAGCACCACUGCUGCCAAGAUCUUCAACUUGUAUCCCCGAAAGGGACGCAUUGCCGUGGGCUCCGAUGCGGACCUGGUCAUCUGGGACCCGGACAGUGUAAAGACAAUCUCGGCGAAGACUCACAACAUAUCUGUGGAAUACAAUAUCUUUGAGGGGAUGGAGUGCCGUGGGUCACCGUUGGUGGUGAUCAGCCAGGGGAAGAUCGUCCUGGAGGAUGGCAAUCUUCACGCAACUGAGGGCUCUGGGCGAUAUAUUGCCAGGAAACCCUUCCCUGACUUUGUUUACAAGCGCAUCAAAGCAAGGAGCAGGUUGGCUGAGCUGAGAGGUGUUCCCCGCGGCCUGUAUGACGGCCCCGUCUGCGAAGUUUCGGUGACGCCAAAAACGGUCACGCCAGCCUCCUCGGCCAAGACUUCCCCGGCGAAACAGCAGGCCCCGCCUGUUAGGAACCUGCACCAGUCCGGAUUUAGCUUGUCUGGUACAUACCUAUGUGCGCAGAUCGACGAUAACAUCCCACGCCGCACCACGCAGCGCAUUGUGGCACCUCCCGGGGGCCGUGCCAAUAUCACCAGCUUGGGUUAAAGCGAUUGCACCGCGGGAGGAACACCGUCCGCUUAGCGGGUCAUGGGAGAGGGUGGGGGCACUUGAAGACCCCUUUUUGCUUCUUUUAGAGCCUGUGACGGUUACUGCGGGCAACCAUCAUCGGGGUAAGGCCUUGUGGAGGCCUCGGUCCAGUUCUCCCCACCAUUCUCUUUUUGUCGUCAGUCUCUUUUCCCCUUUAACCUUUCCACAGAACCUACUCACUCUGCCAUUCGUACACAUUUUGGGAACCCACCCCCCCUUGUUUUGUACACAAUGUGGGAGAUGUGAAAAAAAAAAUGGCAAACAUUGAAAAGUAGAACUUUGGCUUAUGUUACCAUCGAAACUCAUUCCAUGUCUUUCUUUUCCCCUUUCCAUUGUUCUUUUAAAGGAGGGAUAAAGUGAAUUUCUUGAGA